AUGUCGGGGACAAUCCCCUCCAUGGAGACCAGCCAUGAGCAGCUCCAGGACAACACAACCAUCAUCGUUCUGGGUGCCUCUGGCGAUCUCGCAAAGAAGAAAACCUAUCCCGCCUUGUUCGGGCUUUAUCGCAACGGCUUCCUCCCCAAAGGCGUAAAGAUCGUCGGAUAUGCGCGCACCAAAAUGGACAAUACGGAGUAUAUUAAGCGCAUCACUUCAUACAUCAAGGUGCCCGCCGACCACGCGGCGCACUCUGCCAAGCUUGAGGAGUUCAAGCAGUUAUCCUCCUAUAUCUCCGGUGGUUACGAAGACUCGCCGUCGUUCCAAAACCUCAACAAGUACCUGGAACACAUCGAGUCAGGCUACCAGGGUAACGAACGCAACCGCCUCUUCUACCUUGCACUUCCUCCUAGUGUUUUCAUCCCCGUCGGCAAGCAUCUCAAGGAGGAAUGCUACAUCAAGAGUGGAAAGAAUCGCAUUAUUGUGGAGAAGCCGUUUGGAAAAGAUCUCGAUUCUUCUCGCGUUCUGCUGGGCUCACUCAAGGAGCACUGGACGGAAGACGAGACCUUCCGCAUCGAUCACUAUCUCGGCAAGGAGAUGGUCAAGAACCUUCUUGUCCUCCGUUUCGCCAACGUAGCGUUGAACGCUGCUUGGGACAAAAACUCGAUUAGCAAUGUUCAGAUCACGUUCAAGGAACCGUUUGGCACGGAGGGUCGUGGCGGAUACUUCGACGAGUUUGGUAUCAUUCGUGAUAUUCUCCAGAACCACUUGUUACAGGUCCUCAGUAUCCUCACAAUGGAACGGCCUGUUUCCUUCGCCGCAGAGGACAUCCGCGACGAGAAGGUGAAAGUCUUGCGCGCAAUUCCUCCGGUUGAGCGCAACGACACCCUGCUUGGUCAGUACGUUGCGGCUAACGGCAAGCCGGGGUACCUCGAUGACGACACCGUGCCGCAUAACUCCAUUUGCCCCACCUACGCCGCGACCACUGUCUGGAUUAACAAUCCACGAUGGGAGGGUGUUCCUUUCAUCCUGAAGGCCGGGAAAGCGCUCAACGAGGCCAAGGUUGAGAUAAGGAUCCAAUUCAAGGACGUCACUCAAGGUAUCUUCAAGGAUAUCUCCCGCAACGAGCUUGUCAUUCGCAUUCAGCCCUCUGAGGCGGUCUAUCUCAAGCUCAAUACAAAGACGCCCGGCUUGCAGACACGUGCGAUCCCGAUCGAGAUGGAUCUCACAUAUAAGCGGCGAUUCACCGAGGUGAACAUUCCGGAGGCGUACGAGUCGCUCAUCCUGGACGCGCUCAAGGGUGACCACUCCAAUUUCGUUCGUGAUGACGAGCUCGACGUCGCGUGGAAGAUCUUCACCCCCAUUCUGCACUGGAUAGAUGGCAAGAACGGGCCCGGUCCCAAGCCGCUGGGGUACCCAUACGGUUCACGGGGACCCAAGGAGCUCGAAGCGUUCAUUGCCAAGUAUGGCUACAGGCGGUCAACUCUGGAGUACGAAUGGCCUGUGACGAACCUGGCGGCGCUGUGA